GUGUUUCCUUCCGGGGCGGGCUCCGGCGGCGGUUGCCAGGGAAGCCGGGUUGCUAGGGAGGCAGCGGUAACACGCUCCCCUUCCAGUCACACCCGGGCCGAGCCUCCACCCCCCCGGGCUCCCCCUGCCCCCAUUUCCCCGCCCCUGGGCUCCGCAGGAUGUUCAUCUACCUGAGCAAAAAGAUUGCAAUUCCUGGUAAUGUUCGGCUAAGAUGUAUAUCUUGGAACAAGGACCAAGGUUUCAUAGCAUGUGGUGGAGAAGAUGGAUUGUUGAAAGUUUUAAAAUUAGAAACACAGACAGAUGAAGCCAAAUUAAAGGGACUUGCAGCUCCUAGCAAUCUGUCAAUGAAUCAGACCCUUGAAGGUCACAGUGGUUCUGUGCAAGUGGUGACCUGGAAUGAACAGUAUCAAAAGCUAACAACCAGUGAUCAAAAUGGGCUCAUCAUUGUGUGGAUGUUAUAUAAAGGUGCUUGGUAUGAGGAGAUGAUCAACAAUAGAAAUAAAUCUGUUGUUCGAAGUAUGAGCUGGAAUGCUGAUGGACAAAAGAUUUGUAUUGUGUACGAAGAUGGGGCUGUGAUUGUUGGUUCAGUGGAUGGUAAUCGUAUUUGGGGGAAAGAUUUGAAAGGUUCACAACUGUGCCAUGUAGCAUGGUCCUCAGAUAGCAAAAUUCUACUCUUUGGAAUGGCAAACGGAGAAAUUCAUAUUUAUGACAACCAAGGGAAUUUUAUUAUGAAAAUGAAACUGAAUUGUUUGGUGAAUGUAACUGGAGCAUUCAGUAUUGCUGGAAUACAUUGGUACCCUGGUACAGAGGGCUAUACUGAGCAAGAUUGCCCUUGCCUUGCUAUCUGUUUUGACAAUGGAAGAUGCCAGAUAAUGAGACAUGAGAAUGACCAAAACCCUGUUUUGAUUGACACUGGUAUGAAUGUAGUGAGUAUCCAGUGGAACCACUGUGGAAGUGUGUUGGCUGUGGCAGGCUUCCAAAAAGCAACUACUCAGGAUAAAGAUGUAAAUCUUGUGCAGUUCUACACUCCAUUUGGUGAGCAUUUGCGUACACUGAAAGUUCCUGGCAAGCAGAUGUCAGCAUUGUCCUGGGAGGGAGGUGGACUGAAGAUUGGGUUAGCUGUUGAUUCUUUUAUAUAUUUUGCAAACAUUCGGCCAGAUUACAAGUGGGGUUACUGCUCCAACACAGUGGUUUAUGCAUAUACCCGACCGGAUCGUCCUGAAUACUGUGUGGUUUUUUGGGAUACAAAAAACAAUGAAAAGUAUGUGAAAUAUGUUAAGAGUCUGAUUUCCAUAACCACUUGUGGAGACUUCUGCAUUUUGGCAACUAAAGCUGAUGAAAACCAACCUCAGUACGUGCUGGUUCUCUGCAAUUCUAUUGGUACGCCCCUUGAUCCAAAGUAUAUCGACAUUGGACCAUUAUUUGUUACAAUGACCAAAACCCAUGUGAUAGCAGCUUCAAAAGAAGCAUUUUAUAUCUGGCAAUACCGUGUUGCCAAGAAGCUCACAGCAAUGGAAAUUAAUCAGGUAGCACGGACUAGAAAAGAAGGCAGAGAGAGGAUUUAUCACAUUGAUGAUAUCCCUUCUGGAGCUGCAGAUGGAGGGCUUGAUUAUAGCAAGGCCAUUCAAGGAACAAGGGAUCCAAUCUGUGCAAUAACCGCAUCUGAUAAGACUCUAAUUGUGGGGCGUGAAUCUGGCACCAUUCAGAGAUACAGUCUUCCUAAUGUUGGCUUACUUCAGAAAUAUGUCCUGAACUGUCGGGCCUAUCAAAUGUCUUUGAAUUGCAACUCCAGUCGUCUUGCUAUCAUAGACCUUUCUGGAGUUCUAACUUUCUUUGACUUGGAUACACGGGUAACAGACAGUACAGGACAGCAAAUCAUUGGCGAGCAGCUAAAGUUGGAGCGCAAAGAUGUCUGGGAUAUGAAAUGGGCCAAAGAUAAUCCAGAUUUGUUUGCUAUGAUGGAGAAAACAAGAAUGUAUGUUUUCAGAAACUUGGAUCCUGAGGAACCCAUUCAGACUUCUGGAUAUAUUUGCAACUUUGAAGAUUUAGAAAUUAAAUCUGUUCUUUUGGAUGAAAUAUUGAAAAAUCCUGAACAUCCUAACAAAGAAAACAUCAUUACCUUUGAGAUCCGAUCGCUACGAGACAGUCGAGCAUUGAUUGAGGAGGUUGGGAUUGAGGAGUCUUCCCAAUUCAUAGAAGAUAAUCCACAUCCUAGACUUUGGCGUCUCCUGGCUGAAGCCGCUCUUCAGAAGCUAGACCUACAAACUGCUGAACAAGCAUUUGUGCGCUGCAAAGACUAUCAAGGCAUUAAAUUUGUGAAGUGCCUAGGCAAUCUGCAGAGCGAGUCAAUGAAACAAGCUGAAGUGGCAGCUUACUUUGGCCGGUUUGAGGAAGCUGAAAGAAUGUAUUUGGAUAUGGACAGAAGAGAUCUUGCUAUUGGUCUACGGAUAAAACUGGGAGACUGGUUUCGAGUAUUGCAACUAUUGAAAACAGGCUCAGGCGAUGCAGAUGACACUCUUCUUGAACAAGCACAUAAUGCUAUUGGAGACUAUUUUGCAGACAGACAAAAAUGGAUAAAUGCUGUACAAUAUUAUGUACAGGGAAGAAACCAGGAACGUUUAGCUGAAUGUUACUACAUGCUAGAAGACUACCAAGGACUAGAGAAUCUGGCUAAUUCACUUCCAGAAAAUAACAAGUUACUUCCUGACAUAGCUCAUAUGUUUGUCAGAGUGGGGAUGUGUGAACAAGCUGUGACUGCCUUUCUGAAAUGUAAUCGACCAAAGGAUGCAGUAGAUACCUGUGUACAUCUCAACCAGUGGAAUAAAGCCGUUGAGUUGGCUAAAAAUCACAAUAUGAAAGAGAUUGGAUCCUUGCUAGCUAGAUACGCGUCUCAUUUACUGGAAAAGAAUAAAAUCCUCGAUGCCAUAGAACUCUAUCGUAAAGCCAACUAUUUUUUUGAUGCUGCUAAACUCAUGUUCAAGAUUGCAGAUGAAGAAGCAAAGAAAAGGACUAAACCUUUACGAGUCAAAAAGCUUUAUGUAUUGUCAGCUUUACUUGUAGAACAGUACCAUGAACAAGUGAAAAAUGCACAGAGGGGAAAAGUUAAAGGAAAGAGUUCAGAGGCUACUUCAGCUUUAGCUGGUUUGCUAGAGGAAGAUGUUCUUUCUUCAGCUAAUCGCCUCACAGAUAAUGCCUGGCGAGGAGCUGAGGCUUAUCAUUUUUUUAUACUUGCACAAAGACAGCUCUAUGAAGGUUAUGUAGACACGGCAAUGAAAACAGCCCUUCACCUGCGAGAUUAUGAAGAUAUUAUCCCUGCAGUUGAGAUCUAUUCCCUUUUGGCUCUCUGUGCAUGUGCCAAUAGAGCAUUUGGUACUUGUUCAAAAGCCUUUGUUAAACUGGAAUCCUUAGAAACCCUUAGCCCUGAACAGAGACAGCAAUAUGAAGAUCUUGCAUUGGAGAUAUUCACUAAACACUGUCCUAAACAUACCAAAAAAUCUGAUCUGGAUGGUCUUCUGGAGGGUGGAGAAGGGAAACUUCCAACCUGUGUUGCAACAGGAAGAUCUAUCACAGAGUAUCAAUUCUGGAUGUGCAAUGUGUGCAAGCACUGUGUGCAGGCCCAAGAAAUAAGCAAUUACAACUUCUGUCCUUUGUGCCACAGUUCUGUGACCUAGUAAAAGAAAAAGAAUUGUGAGUGUGUCCUUGUGUAUGUACCAUUACAAACAUAAAAGACUUCAAGAUUUCAAAGUGGGUUAUGAAAUGUAAUACAGGCACUACACUGUUACAAGAUGCUACUAAGAUUAUUAGAGAAAAAUCUGUUUUAGAAAGAAACUAGAAUGACAGGAGUCCCAAAGAAGAUGUAAUUGUGAACCCUCUUUUAUAAAAAUGGAUUAACAAAGUUUUUUUCUAAGUGUAAACAGGGCCUAAGAUUAAAAACCAACAAAAAUGAAUGCAUGUUUAUCUCCAUCUGUGUUUCCUUUGAGACACUCUAGGGGCUUGUCUACUCAGGGAAGUUAGUAGGCAGUAAGCUAGGGUAUAAAUUUAAAAUACAAUAGCUACUCUGCACUAACUCCCCAUGUGGAUAUUGUUAUUGCGCACUGAGCGUGCCCAUGGUGUUACCGGAAGAUUUUGAUUCAAUUAUAUUAAGCCACCAAUGUUGCUCAGAAUCACUACUUUUAAUUUGAAACCCUUUAUUUCCAAUGUAUCUAUUCCAGUACUACCGGUUGGGGUGCGCUCUAAGGGAUUUUCCAGGGAAAGACACAGUUAGCCAACUUUCCCUUGAAGGACAUGGAUACAGCCCUCCAAUCAAGAAUAGGCAACAAGCAAUAAAUUCUUUGAAAACAAACAUAAUAUUUAUUUAGAAGUGAUUAGUUACAGUAAAAGUGCAGAUAGAGGUAAUACAAUUAUAAUAUAAACCUGAAGCAGCGUGGCAAAUAGAGACAGCGCUACAAUUACAGUUUCAAUUGACUCACAUAUAAUAUAACAAUAUAAUCACACACUUAAUACUCUAUAUCAUAUAACAAACAUAUACCAGUAUCAAUUAACAUUAAAUACUUAAAAACUAAACAUGCAACAAGUGCUGAUCAGGCAAUCAUUAGGUGAGUAGGGAGAUCUCACUCAGACCACAGGCAUCCAGCUUUAUUUACUCUUUAAACCCACACGGUCUAGGAUGCUCAAAUAAAAGACAAUGAAACGUACAGAAGCCUUCUUAAAAAUCCCUGUGAAUCCUCUUACAAAGGUCCUUCUGCUCUGUCUGAGGCUAGGGAGUGUGGUCUGGUAGCAGGCUGUGAGCUGCUGCCUCCUCCUCCUCCUGAGGUAAAGAGUCUCCUCAGGCAGGAGAGGCAGAAGCCUGUUGGUCACUGCUGCUGGGCUGCUGUGGAGAUCUUCUGCUGGCGGGUGGCAGAAAUGGCCAUAGCCAGGGGCAACCCUGGAAUCCUGGGUGGGCUGCUGCUGUUGCUGCUGUAACUGCCUUUCAAGCAGCCUCUUCCUUGCUGGGUUUUGCUGAUGCUGCAGCCACUGUCCUGUAAGCGCUUUUCUUCCUUGGAGGUGUUUGGCAGAGCUCCGCUCUCUUGUUGGUCCUGGUCCCCUACAGAGUUGUAGCCUGCUGGCUGCUGCCUUUAUAUAUGUUUCAGCUCAUUAGCUAUUACUUUAUUAUCGUAAUUCAGCCAAACAGCUUUCAUGGAUUUGCAUAUGCUAAUGUAUGGCAUGUGUAUAGACAUGUGACACUCAAGCUCAGCCAGCUUCCAUAUAUUAGCAUAUGUUAAUUACUAAUUAGCAUGUGGUAAUUAUUCACAUGUACAGAAAGCUCUUCCCUUGUCCCAUAGACUUCUGUGGGCUCAACGCAUCCCUAUGGGGUUUUUCAGCUGACCUUUGGAUGAACCCUAGCUACUUCCUGUCUGGAAGUCCCAUUGGUUUCUAUGGGCUACAAUGUAUUCCUAUGGGGUUUUGCGUAGUCAUUGCCCAUAGGAAGUGAUGUAAUACCUUGCCUUCAUUGCAUCAUCCCUAUUCAUUUCUAUGCGCUCCCAUGCCUUCCUUUGGGAUUUCCCACUACAUUACAAACCCGAUGGCCACCAUUACUUUAUUUUCUAAUUUAAAUUAUUCUUAAUUUUUAUUUAAUUAAAGCUUUAUUUUUAAAACUAAUUACUGCUCUAAGCAUGUCAAAGGGUCCUGACACUACCCCCAUUCAUUUUAUGUUCAAUUAAGCAAUUUUAUAAUUUUUCUGAAUUUAAAUCCCUUCUGAGGCUUUUCUGCAGAUUUUCCCAUUUAGUGCUUGGUAAGGCAUUUCGGGCAACUGAGGCAAAAUCUCUUGUCACAAUGGGGUGUUUCAGCUUAAUGCACUUUAAAAUGUAUUAAGCUAAAGUGCACAAAGGCACUUUUAGUGUACUGUAAGUUUGUCUACAUGUGGAGUUAGUGCAGAACAAUUAAUGCAUUGUAACACCCUAGCUUGCGGUUCAUUAACUGCUCCAUGCAGACAAGCCCUUCGUUAUGGGAGCUUCCUUCUUCAUUUUUGUAACAUACAUUCAGUAGAAAAAAUAUUGGUUUUCCUAAAAUACACGGAUGGACUCUUGGAGUACAGAAUUUCCAGAUGGGAGCAAUGUUAAAGUAGCACCCUUUAUAACCUUGAUAUCAUUCUUUUAUACAUUUUCCUAGAACUCUUUUUUUAUUACAAUGAAAAUAUUCUAAUCUCGUUAUAGUUAGGACCAAAUAUUUAUGCUGCAGUCUUUUUCUAAACACAUAUUUACAAGCACAGUACCGACAAAGGAACUAUAAGAGGUGACCCGCCAAGAAACUAGGGUUUAUAAUCUGAAUUCUUGGUCUCUCUCUCUGAUCUGUUAACUGUUUGUUUCUCUUUUAUGUGACCAAGCUGAAUCACACAAGGUUAGCAAUAACAGAAACCAGCUGACAGCUCUUAGUGAACUAUAUGAUACGAAUUAGCAGCCUCAAUCAACUGGUAGGCAGAUAAUGUGUCCAUAUCACACUGUCAUAGUUGUCAUCCUUGCUUGGCAGUAUGAAUGGUCACUGAAGGGAUAUGGUGACUGAAUUAGUCUGUCAUCCUUCCUACUGUGUAGAAUUGAGCCCCACUGCGGGCAGAGUGUGAUGAAGCUUGCAGCUGUACAUGUUCUGCAAAUA